GAUCUAAGGUGGGUGGUACAACCACCGUCAGAACCCAGUCUUCCACCAGCAAAGGAAGCUCUGCCUUGAAUAAAGAGACAUUAGCAAUUAGAAAACAGUUUCUUAUAGCAUCAUUCAGGAGUGAGUUAGCUGAUAUCUGGAGGUAGUUCUGGAAUUCCAAUAGCAGGGACGAUGCAGGCACCAGACUGUGACCUGGCCAAGCAGAGGAAACAGCUGGUCCAGGAACUGUGCAUGGAGACACAAGGAGAGCACUUUGACCUGGGGAAGAAGAUCAGCGUUCCUCAGGAUUUGAUGAUGGAAGAGCUUAACCUGCUGUCUAACAGAGGUUCCAGAAUGUACCAGGAGAGGCAGAAGAGGGUGGAGAGGUUCACCUUGGAGAACGUAGCACCAGACACUCACAGGUUGGGGCCCCUCAACCCCCAGCAGCCAGACCAUAGUAGUACACAUAACCAGGGAGCCUCACAAGGAGGGAAGAAGAAUUACCACACAGAGGUCUAUUUUGGACAACCAGGGAGAAACAGCCUAGUGAGAUCCCUGAAGAACACAAUAGCCAGUAAGGGAAACCCCAGUGUCCUGGCCCCAGGUUACUCUGGGCCUCUGAAAGAAGUCCCUCAUGAGAGGUUCAACGUCACUGUGAUCCCCAAGUCCUACUGCUCCCCAUGGCUGGUUCAAGACCAGCACGGUGACAGUGACAAGCUGCUGACUGCCAUCUCUGCCCAUCUACCUGAGCUGCCACAGAAACUCACCCCAGCCAACUACAGGUGCUUCAACAGGGCCCCAAUGCCAUUUGGGGGGACAGCAGGUAGUGUGAGGAUGUUCCCCCUGCCUGGUUUUGAGCUCCUGCAGGCCCAUACUGAACCUAGUCGGACCUGGGAGAGCAUGUGUGACCGGCCCAACUUCAACCGCACCCCAAGAGGUUGGGCUGCCCACUACACUGCUGAAAUGGAGACUUCAGACCUCUGAGACCAUGGCUGUGAUCGAGAGCAUCAGGUGUAACUUGUGACUGACUGAUCUACAAAUAAUAUUGAGUAGUUAUUUAUGAUGCAAGGUGAUUUGUUGAUCAGUCUCGACUCUCCUGUAAAGUCGGCUUCAAUGGCGAAAGCGCCCCUUGACAGCUUUAGAUGAUGACACAGAUGACCUCUUUACACUCUUAGAGACAUGAACGGCAAGUCCAACUAGUGGAUACUAAUGUGUAUCCAGCAAUUUUCUUGCAUGUAAUUACAGCUAAUUAUAUCAACAAUAUCUUCAACCAGGUCAUUCUUUAUCAAGGCCACAACUUGUUAAAUUACGCUAAUAAAUAAAAAAACAUUAAAACGUUUUAAAAGAAAGAAGGAUAAUAUGUUUAAUGAAGCAAAAAUGUGAACGAUACACUUUUCACAGUUAUAAUAAAACAAAGACCUUAACAAUUC